AUGAAGUUUGAAACACAUUUGCUUAAUAUUGACUACCCCUUAUACGGUGCAAAAUUCUAUGACGACAACAUUCUGAUCGUUGCCGGUGGGGGAGGAGAAGGUAACCACGGUAUUCCAAACAAAAUCUCUGUUCUCAAAGUAGAUUUCCCUCACGAGCACAAUGCUGAAAAUGAUUCCAAAAAAGGGCCAAUAAGAAUUGUAACAGAGUUGAAAUUAAAGGGAGAGGAUGACUCACCCACUGCAUUAGACAUUACAAAUAAGGGAACAAUUCUUUUAGGUUGUAAUGAAAAUAGUGAAAAGAUUCAAUCUGGAAAGGGAAACAAUAAUAUAAGGAAAUUCCAAUUGGAUGUUGAAUCUCCCUCUUUGAAGUUUGUCGAAAGCGUUGAUUUAGAUAAGUUUACUUCACCUGACGAUUACACCAAAUUUGUUUAUACUUCAACCGAUGGUUCUAUCGCAGCGAUUGCAUCAUCUACAGAGCCAGCUGUGAUUAGAAUAUUAAACACAGAUGAUCUCAGUGAAAUUUAUGAAAUUGAUUCUGCCCAUGAAGUGAAAGAUUUACACUUUUCUCCAAAUGGGAAAAUGGUCGCCAUUAUUACAGAUUCAACCUUGGAAAUUAUUUCAACUGUCACUGGAAGUUCCAUAAUGAGGAAAGUGAAUUUUGAUAAUGGAUUACAUUUAUCCAAAAUUAGGUUCAUGGACGACGACUCCCUCGUCGUGGCCUCAUCAUCACAUAUGAAAUAUUCUAAAGGUGUUGUGAUGACCAAACUUUCAUUGAAAAGUGGGGAUAUUUCGAUAUUGAAGUCAAAAUUGAUAACCACACGAGUAAAGGGUGUUACUGCCUUGGAUGUAGAUCCAAAGGGCCAACUGGCUGCCUUAGCAGGAAAUGAUAACUCCAUUACAUUAAUUAAUUUGAGAAAUUUAAGUGUAGCAAAGGUUUUCCAACAUGUGCAUACGUUCGCUAUUACAAGAAUUACAUUUUCCAAGAAUUCAAAGUAUGUUGUGAGUGUCUCUGCUGGAAAUACGAUCCAUGCAGUUAAAAUUCCUGAAAAAUUAGCUGAUUCAUUAACAUAUUCUGAAUUUAUUUCCAAAUGGGUCAUUAAUUUCGUCAUGGUGGUCAUUCUGUCGUAUUUAAUACAAUACGGCUAUCAAAAUAACGUUCCCAUUAGAGUUUACAAUUGUUUGAAGGAUUUGCGUAUUAACUUUAAUAGCUCUGAUGGAUUAGAUUCUUUCAAUGAUUAUUUUAAGCAAACCACGCUUAUAGGAAAUCAAUCCUCUCUUUCAACUUCUAGUGUAACUAUGCAUGAAACUUUCAACUCGGUUAUUCCAGAAGGGACAAUUACUUCCACAAUCGCCGAGGCUUCAGUUACGCAAGAUUUAGAGCCUUCUAUGACAAACCUUCCUGAACAAGAGUACGAAGAGUUAGAGUCUACUACUGAAGUCAAUGAGCCAGAUUCUAUUGUUGAAACCACUGGACCAGAACCUAUUAAUGAAGCAAAUGAACCGGAACCUAUUGAUGAGCCGGAACCUGUAACUGAAACAGAUGAAACAGAUUCUAUUAUUGAGGCAAACGGGUCAGAAGCUGUUGAUGAGAUCAAUGAACCAGAAGUUGUGGUUGAACCAGAAGUUGUUGUUGAAGUUAAUGAGCCAGAAGCAGUCCUUGAUACCAAUGAAUCAGCGCCUGUGAGUUCGAAUCAUGAAUCUGAAAAUUCGGAUAAGAUAGAAGACAAUAUGGUUGCGAAUGAAACAACGGAGGUGAAGGUUGAGUAA